CCCCUCUGUUUCUCCGAAGUUUCGGGCGAUUCCUUCUGCCCGGAGACCCGCCUCCCGGAGGCGUGCUCCCCACGAGGGGGCCUUCUGCGCCGCCCCCUCCCUCCCCCUGGCACCGCACGGCCGAAGGAUCGCGCACGGGGCUCCCUCCCCAGCUCAGUCUCCUCCCCACGCGCCCCCUCUCCGCCGCGCCGGCCAGCGCGGGCUGCGUCCCCGGCACUGCCCCCCGCCCGCUUCCGAGCCUGAGCCGCCGCGCCGCCGCAGGCUGCGGGAGCUGCGCCGCCCGUGCUCCCGGCGCGCUCCGGCCCCGCUCGGCCCCGGCUCCCCGCUCUCCGCGCGCGGACCAUGGAGUGAGGGAGCGGGCGGUCCCGCGACGCGCUCCCGCAGCCGGCGAGGCCGGAGCCAGCCCGGGUGGCCUCGCCAGCCCGCGGAGUUGGCCAGCGGCGGGCCCUCCUCCCGCCGGUCCUUCCCCGCUCCUCCUCCUCGGCCGCCGCCGCCCCCGCCUCCCGGCCGCCCCCGCCGCCCCCGCCGCGCCGCCGCCCGAGGCCGAGCGCGGACGCCGAGCGUGGGAGCCAUGGCGCGCGAGGAGGAGAGGGACCCCGAGCGCCGGGAGGCGGCGGCGCGGGCCAGCGGCGAGGAGGAGGAGGAGGAGGGCGAGGAGGGACUGAGCGACAGCGACGACGAGGACGAAGACGACGAGCCCGGCAGCGGCAGCGGCAGGGAAGAGGAAGAGGAGGCGGCGGCGGCGGCCAGGCGGGAGCGCAGCGAGGACGCGCGGCUGCAGCGCGCAGGGGUGCCUCCCGCCGCCGUCCCCGCCGCGGCCGCCCGCGACAGGAGCGGCCGCCGCCAGCCGGGGCCCCCGCCGGGGCCGCUGCCUUGCCGCCCGAGGAUGCCGUCGCCCGACGACGAGGACCGCGAGCGUCGCCGGAGCCGCCGGAGGGACCUUCUGCUGAGCCAGCUCUGCUUCCUGGCCUUGGUGGCGCUGCUGCUCUGGUCGCUGUCGAGCAUGCAAGAGCAUAAUGACCUCGACUUCAUGGACCUCCUAGGGGAAGACAGACAAUGGACGGUGGGGAGGAAGUUAAUGCAGGUGAACGAUACUCUGACUUCAGAAGAUGCAGGACUCCGGAGCAGCAAGAACUGCACUGAACCAGCCCUGCACGAAUUCCCCAAUGACAUCUUCACCAACGAGGAUCGAAGACAGGGGGCGGUGGUUCUCCACGUGCUCUGCGCCAUGUACAUGUUUUACGCACUGGCCAUUGUGUGUGAUGACUUCUUUGUCCCCUCCUUGGAAAAGAUCUGUGAGCGCCUGCACCUCAGUGAAGAUGUAGCUGGAGCCACGUUCAUGGCAGCAGGGAGUUCGGCCCCAGAGCUGUUCACAUCCGUCAUAGGGGUCUUCAUCACCAAGGGUGACGUGGGAGUUGGGACCAUCGUGGGCUCUGCAGUGUUCAAUAUCCUGUGCAUCAUUGGUGUCUGCGGGCUCUUUGCUGGGCAGGUUGUGGCUCUUUCCUCGUGGUGCCUGCUGAGGGAUUCGAUUUACUACACGCUGUCUGUGGUCGCGCUCAUCGUGUUCAUUUAUGACGAACAAGUUUCCUGGUGGGAGUCUUUAGUCCUUGUGCUGAUGUAUCUUGUCUACAUUGUCAUCAUGAAAUAUAACGCUUGCAUCCAUCAGUGCUUCGAAAGGAGAACGAAAGGUACUGGAAACAUGGUCAACGGCUUAGCCAACAAUGCAGAAAUCGAUGACAGCAGUAAUUGUGACGCAACUGUGGUGCUACUCAAGAAAGCCAAUUUCCACCGCAAAGCGUCAGUGAUCAUGGUAGAUGAGCUGCUGUCAGCCUACCCUCACCAGCUUUCUUUCUCUGAGGCUGGACUUCGAAUCAUGAUCACCAGCCACUUCCCCCCCAAGACCCGACUCUCCAUGGCCAGUCGCAUGUUGAUCAAUGAGAGGCAAAGACUCAUAAACAGUAGGGCCUACGCCAAUGGAGAAUCUGAGGUGGCCAUCAAAAUCCCAAUUAAGCACACCGUGGAGAAUGGGACAGGGCCCAGCAGUGGCCCAGACAGAGGUGUGAAUGGGACUCGGAGGGAUGAUGUUGUUGCUGAGGCUGGUAACGAGACAGAGAAUGAGAAUGAGGACAAUGACAACAACGAGAAUGAUGAAGAGGAAGAGGAGGAUGAAGAUGAUGAUGAAGGACCAUACACACCAUUCGACCUCCCCUCUGGAAAACUGGAAACAGUGAAGUGGGCAUUCACCUGGCCACUGAGUUUUGUCUUAUACUUCACGGUACCCAACUGCAACAAGCCGCGCUGGGAAAAGUGGUUCAUGGUGACAUUUGCUUCCUCCACGUUAUGGAUUGCAGCCUUCUCCUACAUGAUGGUGUGGAUGGUCACAAUCAUUGGAUACACGCUGGGGAUUCCUGAUGUCAUCAUGGGGAUCACCUUCCUUGCAGCUGGAACCAGUGUGCCUGACUGCAUGGCCAGCCUCAUUGUGGCCAGACAAGGCAUGGGAGACAUGGCUGUGUCCAACUCCAUUGGGAGCAACGUGUUUGAUAUCCUCAUUGGCCUUGGUCUCCCAUGGGCCCUGCAGACCCUGGCUGUGGAUUAUGGAUCCUAUGUGUUUGGCGUUCACCUGAACAAGUGGCAGCUGGACAAGAAGCUCGGGUGCGGGUGCCUUUUCCUGUACGGUGUGUUCCUGUGCUUCUCCAUCAUGACAGAGUUCAACGUGUUCACCUUUGUGAACUUGCCCAUGUGCGGGGACCACUGAGCCGCCUGGCCACCCACCGAGCCUCAGUCCUUCUUUACUGUGCAAUACAAGACCCGGCCGCACCCCGAGUCACGCGGGCCCCCAGAGCCGGCACAUCCGGCUCUCCCGCGCUGUUCACAGGCCUCUGCUCCUGCCUUGGUGGCCCAGGCUGUUCCCACCCCUCCCUGCUCCCCCUCCUCCAUGGGUUUCUCUCACCCACCCCUUCCUGCCUCCUCCGUGUGAAGACUCUGACAUCCGCGUGAAUUUUCAAGCUCCAUUUUUGAACAGUGACUGAGAUUCUAGAAAAACUGGCUGCUAACUGGCCCAAGCCAGGCAAAACUUACUACAAUCCCUCCUCCUUUUUUAAGUUAUUGGAUGGAAGACAAACCUAAUUUAUGACCUGAGACUGUCGAAGGAAUAGAGAGGAGAGGGUGUAUUGAUGCUAGGGAGUGUUUGGGAUUUUGUUAUGUUUUGAGGCGAUACCUAGGUUACUGCUGGGUUUGGGUGGGGUUGUUUCACUUUGGGGGGCUCCCCUUUUUAUUCCUUUUCUUCCAGAGAUGGAGAACUUCUCUCGCAUCUUUCACCGGGCUCUGGAUUAGUGGAUGAUCCACAGGUUGUCCCCGCCAUGUCUUCUGGGAUCAAGUCCCAGGCAUGGUGGAACAUGCAUGAAUUUAGUGCUUAGUAGAGGAACAUCUGGGCGAGGCCACGGGGAACAGAUGCAUGACGUUUCAUACGCAAGGAGGCCUCCCUGAAGUCCUGUAGGCGUCAUCCAGGGGGCACAAGGCUUUCGAGGAAGAAGACAGCUUCCCACAUAUCCAUUAGGACAAUCAUUUUGUCACUAGGUUCCUUCUAGUCUUUCAAGCAAUAGUUCUAGCCUGCCUGAGGCCUUUGAUGAGGGGCCCCGGUUACACCACCCGUCCUGGAGGUGCCGGGAAGUCAGCGCCAGAAGUUUCCCAGCCCAAGAGUCCCUGAGAUGCGCUCUCAUCACUUGGUAUUCGGGGUGACAGGGAGAGACCCAGAGGCCACCACUGCUUUUUGUGCAGGAGCUACAGACACUGGUUUCUUGGAAAAUGGAGAGAAGCGCACUUUGCACAGACGUCGUCAAUAAAGUCCCAAUUUGCCACUCGGUAUUGAGUACACUGGACCCUGACAGCUGGCUUUUGGGCCAGCGUCCUUCCUCGUGGGACGCCUCCACCAAGCUGCCCUAGCUCCACCCCUCCCAUCCUGGAGGGAUGGCGAGGGAAGGAGGAAACAGAGAACUGACACCUUGGGAACCGCAGAAUGUGUUCAAUGCAGACUCGCUCAAGGGCAUAAGUUAUUGUGAACGUUGCUGCCAAUCACUGCUCAACAGCCCUGCUAGAUUUUGUAUGAUGCUGAAUUAUUAUGCAGACUAAUUCCACCGAGUUGAGACCCACCCAUGCUUGUUACACUUGUAUUUAUUGAAACUGUGGAUUCCUGCCCGUGCUGCCCCCUGUAUUUACUUUAAGCACUGAUCACUUAUCAUUCAUUCAGUAUGGUUUCCCCCCCCCCCGUCCCUUGUACACAUUCUGGUAUGAAUUGUAAAAAUAACCUGCUACAAAUUGGUUGAAUGUUUCUGUCAAUGGUGCAAACCAAGGCCAGCGUUAGCCAGCCGACGAGGCACCUGCCCGAAGAAGGAACGGGAGAGGAAAUCACCAAUUUGGGCUCUCAGAGCUAAGACACACGUAUUGAUUCUGUUGCACAUUUUGCACUGGUUUAUGGAGAUUGUUUUCUUGGACGGAUAGUGUAAAAUAAACUUCUCUGUUCUAUAUCCUU